AUGGGAAUAGGGAAGAAGAAGAUAGAAAUUGAGAAAAUCACAAAAAAAUUGGUUAGAAUGGCGACAUUUUCAAAAAGAAAGAAAGGACUUUUCAGAAAAGCUGAAGAACUUGAAUCCUUGACAAGUUCUCGUGUUACCUCCGUUGUUUUUUCACCUUCUGGCAUUCCUUAUACUUACGGAGAUGUUAACUCUGUUAUAAAGAAGCAUUUUUCUAGCUGUAAUCGAUCAGAAAUAUCAACAUCAAUGAUGAAUUCUCAUCAUUCCUCUUAUGAUGUUUCUGGCGAAUCUUCGGGGUCAAAAUCAUCAUCGACCCUAAAGGGGAAUGGUCUCCGUGGUUGGGUGGAGCAUAUAGAUGUGGAGGGAUGUCAAAAUUUGAAUCAACUGUUAAUGUUGAAGGAGCAAUUGGAAAGAACCAGAAAGAAGAUUGUUGCCAAUGAUUCUAAAUCAUUUGAAGCUUUGUUUAUGUAG